CGUUUUCGCUCCGUUCGGAAUAAGAACCGGGUAAGGGACAGCCCCUCCUGGGGAGCGGUUUCUUUCUCUCCUCACCUCCCAGCUCCUCCAGGUCUGCCUUUAAAAGCCAGACAGACCGUUCUGCGCUACUGCAGAAAACCCCACCAGCGUCCCUAGGAGACCGGACGAAGUGCGCACUAGGAGUUUUCUUCUGGCCGAGAGGGGGAGCCCCGCGAUCCCAGCCCCAGCGACUGGAAGUCCCGACCCAGCCCGGGCCGUCGCCAGCGCCAGUUCAGGCUUCGGCAGAUUAGGAGGAGGAGGGAGGGGGCCGGAGCCCGAGAGUCCCGGGCCCAGCGCCGUGUAGACGUCCACAAAGUUUCCUUGUCCGCCACGGACGCGCGUUCGCGGGCCAGGGUGCCCCCGAGAUCCCGCGUCUGCCCCAGCCAAGCGGCCGCAUCCCUCUGCGGAGCCACGGAUACUGAGUGUUACUGAGCUGAACGGUUGGGAGGAUCCACAUCAUGAACCGUGCUUUCAGCAGGAAGAAAGACAAAACAUGGAUGCAUACGCCUGAAGCUUUAUCAAAACAUUACAUUCCCUAUAAUGCAAAGUUUCUUGGCAGUACAGAAGUGGAGCAGCCAAAGGGAACAGAAGUUGUGAGAGAUGCUGUGAGGAAGCUGAAGUUUGCAAGACACAUCAAGAAAUCUGAAGGCCAGAAGAUUCCUAAAGUUGAAUUGCAAAUAUCAAUUUACGGAGUAAAAAUUCUUGAACCCAAAACAAAGGAAGUCCAACACAACUGCCAGCUUCACAGGAUCUCAUUUUGUGCAGAUGAUAAAACAGACAAGAGGAUAUUCACUUUCAUAUGCAAAGAUUCCGAGUCAAAUAAACAUUUGUGUUAUGUAUUUGACAGUGAAAAGUGUGCUGAAGAAAUAACAUUAACAAUCGGCCAAGCUUUUGACCUGGCAUACAGGAAAUUUCUAGAAUCUGGAGGAAAAGAUGUGGAAACAAGAAAACAGAUUGCUGGAAUGCAGAAAAGAAGCAGCAGAGGCAGCAGAUGCUGGAUCCAAGAUUUAGAAACAGAAAAUAUGGAACUUAAAAAUAAAGUACAAGAUUUAGAAAACCGGUUGAGAAUAACUCACGUGUCAACCUCUCCACUGUCACACAGAGUGUCUCAUCAUGUGCCACAUGUGUUGCUGAGAUUCCCAUCCUCUUUCAGGAGCAAUAGCGAUGACCCAGCUCCUUGUCUAAGCACAUCUUCCAUUUCUGUUCCUCCUGUCAACUCGCCUGGCUCCAGACUGUCAGUGGGAGCACUAAUACCACCACCUUCUAAAAGUGGCCUGCUCAAGCCAGUCAGUGAGAGCAGCAAUCUGAGACCUCAUGCCAGCAGUGUGACAGUGAAGUCUCCUUCCACUGACAUCUUUGAUAUGGUUCCAUUUUCCCCAAUAUCACAGCAGUCUCCAACGCCUACUCGCAAUGGCACACAACUCCCACCAGUACCUAGCAGAUCUGCUGAAAUCAAACGGGACCUUUUUGGAGCUGAACCUUUCGACCCAUUUAACUGUGGAGCAGGGGACUUCCCUCCAGAUAUUCAGUCCAAAUUGGAUGAGAUGCAGCGCCAGAGAUGGAGGGGUUCAAAAUGGGACUGACUCUUGAAGGCACGGUAUUUUGUCUCGACCCGUUAGACAGCAGGUGCUGACGUCAAGAAUGAGUGAUCCUGACUUAUGCCUGAUUUGUUUAUAAACAUAUAUCUCACUCAUUAUUUUAAGACAGUUAUUAUAUCCGUGCCAAUAUAUUUUUGAAUAUCUAAAUGUUUUAAAUCUAUGGAAGUAAAAACCUCCUCACUUUCACUGUUGAUUUAUCUUUUAUUAAGCAGAACUAAGUGUAAUGGAUAUUAUGUUCUCUUCUGCGUUAUGGGUGAAUUUAUAAUUGAAAGACAAGAUUUCUGAGUAUCUGCCUUGUGUUCUAAAUAAUUAUCACCUUGACAUUUAUGCUCAUUCUCCAGAACAUUAGUUCAGUUUCCUAGUCCCAAAGCCAUACCUUGAUACCUUUCAGAUUUCUGAAGAGGGACCACUAUCCAACUACACAUGUUCUAUUUUGAUGCCAAUAAACAAGCGACCAGUGUGUGUAAAAUGUUCAUCUCAUUAUGAAAAUCUAAAAUUUAGCUAUUAUGCCGCCAGUUUACCUAAUUCUACCUGGUAAAAUAAGAAUAUAAGUUCCAGUAGUAGUUAUAUAAAAUAUAUUUAGAAUAUUAGUAAAUAUGAAAUAAUAACAUCAGUCAUUUAAGCUAUAUUCUAAAAAUGUUUAAUUUGUCUCAAAAGUAACAGUUGUGGAAACAGUUGCUUCCCUGAAAAACUUAAAAUUUUAUGUUUAAUGUGUUGUCAUAUUAGUAUAUCAAUUGGCCAUCUUCUGCUCUGUAUUUUAAGAAAUGAAGUUUAUGCUUUCUACAAAUGUAAUUCCUAUUGUCUAUUUUUAUUUUACCAAUAUUUUUCAGAUAUCCUGUGGUGUGGUAUUUCUCUUACCAACCUUAGUGUUGAUACUUUAAAAUUUGAGAGUGUUCUAUUUAAAUUUAAGAAUAUUUAACAAUUUUAAUUUUCAUUUGCUCUGUUGAAGUCAGAAUCUACUUUUCACAAAAAUUUCUCAUCAGCUUCAUCUUGAAUAUGAGCAAUAAAAUUCUUUAGUACUCAUUCUGAUAUGCUGAUGAACCCUGACCUUUGAAAACAUAUGCUUCCAAUAUAUUUGCCCAUGAUGUAAAAUACUAACAGUUAUAGUUCAGAAAAAAAUAGCGGUCAAAUUUCUAAUUUGGUUUAUCACAAUAUAAGAAAAUAAAGUAAUGAAAAUCUGGGCUUAGUUGUGGGAAAUUUAUCAAAACUAAGUAGAUUUUUCUCAUGGAGUUUUAUGCAGGUGUUAAAGGUACCUUUUCAUUAGGAACAGAAAUCAAAUGUGCUUAUGCAAUAUUAUAUUUGUACCAUCAUGCUCUAUGGGUAUAGAUGAGUCUUUCUGUUUAUGUUCUGUUAUACCUGCUAAGUUAGACCUUAAUUAGUGGGUAGUAUGUGUUUCAUCAGGCAGUCUUUGCUGUUCUAUUUGUCAGAUAGUAUUUUGGAAUUUGUAUAAUGAGGAUGUUUAGAAGCCAUCUAAAUGGCUUUUUUUUAACAGAUAGAGUUUGUAUUUUUAUUGUACUUUAAAAAGCUUUAUGUACUAGGUAUAUAUAUUUAGCAAACAUUUAAUAUCAAUUGUAACACAAUAAAAUACUAAGAUGAUAUUUGCACAUUUAAGAUAUGUUACUUACCAAUUUUUAAUGGUGAUCUGUUCUGCUACUGGCAUGAUCAAAUAGUACAUAAUUGGUCAUUAAUAUGAACAUUUACUUCACCAGUGAAUUUUUAUGAAAACAUGAUUGGAAAUUGUAUUUCUAUGUAAACUCAAUGAUAUGUUUGAUUUUGCUGAGAAUAAAAGAUUUUAAAUAAA